GAGACUCACACACACGGGAGAGGGACACAGGCGGGAGGGGGAUGGCCGGAUCUCAUUAGACGGGCGGAGCGGACAUUUUGUGAUACAUUACAGUAUCUGGAUCAGGGAUCGGAGACAGCGAGAGGCGGGGGGAGCCGCAGCCGCAACACUGUAUCCAGCCGGGGGAGCUGCAACGCUGUGCCCAGCCCGGGAGCCGCAACACUGUAUCCAGCCGGGGGAGCUGCAACACUGUACCCAGCCGGGGGAGCUGCAACAUUGUACCCAGCCGGGGGAGCUGCAACACUGUACCCUGCCCGGGAGCCGCAGCUGCAACAUUGUAUCCAGCCCAGGGAGCUGCAACACUGUACCCAGCCGGGGGAGCUGCAACACUGUACCCUGCCCGGGAGCCGCAGCUGCAACACUGUACCCUGCCCGGGAGCCGCAGCUGCAACAUUGUACCCAGCCCAGGGAGCUGGAACAUUGUAUCAAGCGCAGGAGCCUCAACGUUCUAUCCGGGAACCUCAACGUUCUAUCCAGCAGCGCCAACGUUCUAUCCAGCAGCCUCAACGUUCUAUCCAGCAGCGCCAACGUUCUAUCCAGCAGCGCCAACGUUCUAUCCAGCAGCCUCAACGUUCUAUCCAGCAGCAUCAACGUUCUAUCCGGGAGCGCCAACGUUCUAUCCAGCCUGGAGAGCGGCAACACUGUAUCCAGCCCGGGAGCCGCAGCGUUAUCCCCAGCCCCGGGAGCCGGCUGAUUACACAGCAGCCAUCAGCGGAGCCUUCCCAGGAUAACACCCCAGCCUCACCUACCACCCUACCCCAUCACCCCACCACCCUUCUCCCGCCCGGAUUCUCUCUGCUCUCCCUGGACGUGGAUUUUUGUGCCUCCUGUGCGAGUCCUGGACUCGUGGAGCCGCCAUUUUCCCCGUCGGUUCCUAUGUGACACAUGAUCAUGGCACUGCCGCAGAGCCCGGGAUCUGAGCGCUCUCCCAGCCUGGAGGACGGAUUCCAUGUUCGCUAUUGCCAUUGCUGAUUCCGGACUGUAAAAGGCGAUCCUUUAAAUACUGUUAUUGCUGUAGGCCAUUUUGCAAGUCCAAGUCCCAUAUACUGUGAAAAGUUAGCGGACUGUUGGAUUUGUCAUGGAGCAGCGGGAAAACGUAAGUGGCAACCGGCAAAGGUGUUGUGAUGGGGAUUUCUUGCCGCCUCUCCCGUCAGGGAAGGCAUCAGCCAUCUCUAGCUGUGGAGGAGGAGGAGAAACCUUGAUGCCAGCACCUGGGGCCACCAAAACUGGACCUGGAAACGGAGAGUCGAUGGAACCCGAGGAGGAGGACGAAGUAGGAUCCGGUAGAGAUGUAGAUUCAAACUCCAACGCGGAUAGUGAGAAAUGGGUGACGGUAGAUGGCUUGGAAGAGCAAGAGUUUUCCAUCAAGGAGGCCAAUUUUACCGAGGGGAGUUUGAAACUGAAGAUACAGACCACCAAGAGGGCAAAGAAACCUCCGAAAAACUUGGAGAACUACAUUUGUCCCCCAGAGAUUAAAAUUACUAUAAAACAAUCGGGAGAGCAAAAACUCUCCAAGUCUGGGAAAAAUAGCAAAGCUGGAAAGGAAGACAAAAGGGAUCAUUCGAAAAAGAAGGUGCAUGAGAAGUUACAGAAACAUGGCCUUCACUACGACUCCAGUGUUCCUUCAGACAUCACCACUGACACCUUAAGACCAAAGCACCAGCAGAAAAAUAACCAGCACCAUCUGGACUGGUUACCGAACUCAGACUCUGGCCAGUCAGCGCAGAGUGGAUUUCUGAAUGCAGAAACCGGCAAAGAGGCCUCUAAUGUCACCAAAAGUCCAAAUCCGGAGAUGUCGUCUCCAUUUCUCAAAUCUCAAUCAAAAAAAUCUAACGUGGGGAGUCCUUGGAGUCACAUUUCAACUUCAAAGGAAAGUCCAACCGGCAGUUCCGUCUCUUCGCCGAGUAGCAGCAGCGUUUCAUCUGCUCCUAACAAUGCCGAAAGUAAUGGGCUUUCACCCGUAGAGGACCAAAAAGGUGUGGCUACUGGCCCACCCGAGCAACCCUUUGGUAAUGCAAAAAAGAAAUCUGGCAAAAAGGAGGCAAAUCAAAAUGUGCAGGUGACAGAACCUGAGCGGGCAAAAAAUAACCCAAAAGCACUUGAUCUCAAAAGUCACGACACUGCGGAGGCGAAUAAAGAUAUUGAGAGUCUGCCAGCUACUCAGCAACGGCAAGAUGCCACCUCAGUGAAUAUGAGCGAAAGUGAUUCAAGCCAUGUGCGCAUCACAAUUCCUAUCAAAUCCACACCAGUCGAUCCACCUUUGAAUCGAAGGAAAAAGAAACCUACUCUGAAACCAGCUGUAGACAAAAAGGUACCAGACCAGGACCAGCUUUCUGGGCGGCCAGUAACUAAUGAAAUGAGCAAUCAAGUCGCUUCUCAACCCCAAGCAAACAAGAAAGACAGCAGAAUAGUAAAACAGGGUAAAGUUACCAGUCAUGAACUGCCAUCAAAGUUAACGGACUUGAAUGUAAGUGAAAGAAAAACAUUCAUAAAUGGCAUAACCCGUCUGCAAAAAUCGGCUGCCCUACCUGUACCAAAAGCCAUUUCCGAUAGCUGUAGGUCUAAGUUGCCCGAGUCACAUCACCCCAAAUUAGCUGCAAAGAAAAGAUGGGCAUGCGGGAAACCUAAAAUAAAUACUCCCCAUGAAAAUCUAGUUUCUCUUUCUGAAAAAAUUGUGGUAGAUCCUCCGUCUGCUUACCCAAUAACUCCUUCCAGCCCACUUUAUACAAAUACAGAUAGCCUUACAGUGAUUAUGCCGGUGAAAAAGAAAAGGGGUAGACCAAAGAAACAACCUUUGCUUACUGUUGAGACAAUCCAUGAAGGAACGUCUACUAGCCCAGUAAGUCCCAUCAACCGAGAGUUCCCUGGUAUGAAGAAGAGAAAGGGUAGGCAUAACCUUGCUGACCUGGUCCAUAUAACGCCUUCCAUCGAAAAAUCCAUCAGUGAGUUAGAAUUUCACAAAAAAGUUGGAAAGCUUGGAAUAUUGGAUAAAAAAACAAUUAGAACCAUUAACAAAAUGAAAACGCUCAAAAGAAAAAAUAUCCUGAACCAAAUUUUGUCUUGCUCAAGCAGCAUAGCCUUGAAAUCUAAAUCUCAACCACAGUCGAAUGCAAUAGCAACUGUAACGACAACUCUUGAUGCCAGGUUGGGCAAGCAAAUUAAUGUCAGUAAGAGGGGGACAAUCUACAUAGGUAAGAAAAGGGGGAGAAAGCCGAGAGCAGAGCAGGUUCCCCAGCAAAAUGAACGUAGAACAGCUAUUAAACAGACCAGGCCUGUUUCUAGCCAGCCCGAAAUCCCAGCAGUGCCUUCCAACUUGCAGUCCUUCGUGGCAUCUUCACCAGCAGCUAUUCACAGUUUUGCUACACACCUUAUAGGUUCUAAUGGAAAUCAUAGUCCUGCCAGCACUGACACAAUAUUUUCAGAUUUAAAAACUAUGCCAAAUCUUCAACCAAUCAGUGCUCUUCCAACGAAAACCCAGAAAGGAAUAAGCGGCAGUUCAUGGAAGUUGUCGCCACCAAGAUUAAUGGCUCACUCACCUUCUCAUCUGUGUGAGAUAGGCUCCUUAAAAGAGGUCACACUGUCACCAGUAAGCGAGUCUCACAGUGAAGAAACCAUCCCGAGUGACAGCGGAAUUGGUACAGACAACAACAGCACUUCUGACCAAGCUGAGAAGAGCUCAGAAUCUCGUAGGAGGUACUCCUUUGAUUUUUGCACCCUUGAUAAUCCAGAGGUUACUCCAUCUGAAACCAGCACAAAGACCAAGCAUGGCCACCGACAGAAACAUCUAAUCGUUGACAACUUUCUUGUUCAUGAAAGUGUUAAAAAGCCAAAGCACAAGCGAAAGAGGAAAGGUUUGCAGAACAGGGACAAUCUGCAGUUCCUUGCAGAUCUUGAAGACCUUAUAAACAAGUUUCAAGUCUUCAGAAUUUCCCACAGGAGUUACACAUUCUACCAUGAAAAUCCUUAUCCCAGUAUCUUCAGGAUAAACUUUGAUCACUAUUACCCAGUGCCAUAUAUACAGUAUGACCCAUUGCUCUACCUUCGCCGGACCUCUGACUUGAAGUCAAAGAAAAAGCGUGGUAGGCCUGCCAAAACCAAUGACACCAUGACAAAGGUGCCUUUUUUACAAGGGUUUGGAUACCCUAUUCCCAGUGGAAGUUACUAUGCACCAUAUGGAAUGCCUUACACAUCAAUGCCUAUGAUGAACCUUGGUUAUUAUGGUCAGUAUCCAGCUCCUUUGUAUCUGUCUCACACACUUGGGGCAACUUCUCCAUUUAUGAGGCCCUCUGUUCCACCACCACAGUUCCACACAUCCUCUCAUAUGAAAAUGUCUGCUGUUGCCAAGCAUAAAACCAAACACGGCGUACACCUGCAGACAUCAGUAGGUAUGGGCUUAGGCGACAUGACCUCAUCCAAAACUGGAGCUGUUGGACUUUCAAGCAGCCGUCUUCACAAAAGGAAACACAAACAUAAGCACAAACAUAAGGAUGAUCGUGUCCUUGGUGGACAUGGUGAUUUCAGUGGUCUCUUUUCAGGCAAGUCCACAAGCUUUUCAGGUCAUGCUGCAAACGAGAAACUCAGCAAUUCUAGCAAAGACCUUUCCUCAGCAAAUGAUAAAAACAAAUAUAAAGAGAGGCCGAAGCACCAGCAUUGUGAAACUGGACAAAGAGGUCCAAAAUCGUCCUUUGAAGUGGACACACUUUCAUCGUUAUCACUUUCAGAUGGUCAGCACUGGACUCAAUCGAAAGAUAAAACUGACUUAAGCAAUGAAUCUGUUGAAAACUGUUUGAAAAGGUAUUCUGGGAAUGACUGCAGUUCCCGAACAGAUUCUUCCGACCUUUUCGGGGAAAUUAAUUCAUCCAAUGACAAGAGAGAUGGAGAAUUGAAUGGCAAUAAAAGGAGGACAUUUGAAGGAUUUGGAUCCUAUAGAGAGAAGGACAUUCAGUCAUUUCGAAUGAACAAGAAGGACAGAAAUGCCUUUGAUCCUUCAGGAUCAGGUCUAACAAGUGCUCACCAGAAAGCGGACCAGAUGUCUCAGCAUAACAAGAACGAAAAUACUUCUUCUAACAACAUGACCAAAAGGAAGCCAGCAGCCGACUCCGCUCCCGCGCCUCCAAACCCCCUCCUAACCUUCUUCUCAUCAUCCAGUGAAUCAGCGAACGCUUCACUGCGAAACCGAUUCAAGCGGUGCGAGAUCGAAGCGAUCCAGUGCGAGGUGAGGAAGAUGUGCAACUACAACAAGAUCCUGUCCACCAAAAAAAAUAUGGAUCACGUGAACAAAAUACUAAAGGCCAAGAGGUUACAGAGACAAUCCAAGACCGGCAAUAACUUUGUGAAGAAGAAGAGAGGCCGCCCAAGGAAACAGCCAGUCUUGUUCGAUGAUGACUCUAGAGACCAAAUGCCCAUCCUCGAGAAGUGUGUUGACCUCCCUAACAAGCGAGGUCAAAAGUUCCAUUCACAAGAACAAGAGGGGAGCCGCCAGGACGCAGUAAUGGACACCAUUGAAUCGGUCAUACACAUGGCAAGGGAAACGCAAAAUUCUCGCACGUCAAGGAUGGGAAAGAGGAGAUUUAGCGAGGAGGAAGUGAAAGUGAAACGGCAGCGGAAGAGACGGGGGGAACCGGAGCACACUCCCUAAGAUCACUACAAACUUUUAAGUUGAUAAUCAGGCUGACAAAUGAUGUAAAUGGGGGUACACACACCCUAAAAAUGGCUGCAGCAACCAAUUUAUUUUUGUUUCCUUUUAUUAACAUGACAGCUUUGUACUAUGGUUGGUGUACGAAUCUCUUGGCACUAGACUUCUUAUGUUGUAUCUUCAUGCUAUUAUCACAUGUAAUUGUUACUAUACUAAGAGAACCUGUGCCGGGCAGCGAUAUGUUUUGUAUUCCAGAACCCGGGCGAAAAGGUUCUGUUCAUGUUUACUAUCAAUGCAAGAGCUCCCUGGCAUCGUAUUGGCCAGUCAGAAGGGAAACAAUGCCCCAUAAAACAUUUUUAAAUUAACCACCUUGGCUUUUUAUGCAGUCUUCUCUCUCCCAGCUUAGUUUACUUUAGCAGAUGGAUUUGUAAUUAGUGUUAUACGUUUUCAUCAAGCAACAUUAGUAGAUCCCAAAUAUACUGUAUGUGUAGACAGACAUACACAGCACAUUCAAAUUGCAAAGGAUAUAUUGUAUCAUCUGCCUAUUGCUGAGCAGAAGGUCAGCAAAUGUUUUCUUUCUGAUAUAUGGCAAUCACGGGAUAUGUAAGGCAGGAGCAAGUGGCUUUCAGUUCUUGUUGAACCUCUGGUCUCUUGAAGAUGACUUGGCCACAUUGCAUAUCCCUCAGAGAAGGCAGCCCACACCUACCUUUUGGUGCCUGAUUAUAUAAAAACUGUCAUCCAAGUUCCUUGCCGUUCUGGAACCCUAGUGUCCUCAGUCCACUAUAUCAGAUUGGCAAGGGAUAAAAUUGGAUCAUGCAGAUGCUUAAAAAGUUCCCUUACUAGCUGGCAUCUUUGUAUCUUUCAUUGAUGAUGCAAAUUUGCAAAUAAAAGUGCCCCACCUAAAUAGUUUCCCGUUGUUGAGUUAAGGAUAAAAAAAAGUUUCACUUUUACAAUUAUACUGAUUAUAGAAUAUUCUGUAUAUCUUCCGGCAGGUAUCAUUAUUCAGUAGGACUGACCUGACGAUAGGAAAAGUGGUUUAUUGAUAACCGUUUGUUACAAUAGAGUAAGUGUUCUUAUCUAAAACAUAAAGGAUUUCACAAUCGUUCAAACUUUAAGCCACAUCGGGGUAGAUAAACCUCAACUGUGGUUGCCUUAAUAUAGUUCUUUUUUAUUUUGUACAUAAUGUAAUUAUAACAUUAUCAGUCUGCAUGAAUGCAAACUGUCUGUGACUUAAAGUCCGUUUACUGGUCAGUUAGCCGUUGGUUUAACUUUAAAAUCAGAAGACUUCGCACCUAAUUUUAAGGCCCACCUUGUAUACUUGGAAUUUGGAAAAGAGAGUUGUUUAAAGCCUAGGGACAUUUAGUUUAUGCAAAGAAGGAAGACUGAGGAGAGGUAGCUACUACUUCUACAGGAUAGAGUUGAUCAUGACACAUUUCUCUAGUAAUUUAUGCAUAGACCUGGACUAUUUCAUGGACACCCCUGCAGGUUUAGGCAAACAGGGGCCUGGUCUGCUUUUGUGGAACCACAAAACUCCACAAGGUUGACCAUUCACUGUUUUCCUCAACCUCGUUGGUGAGUCGUUACUCAUAUCAGUGAACAGAAACUUAGCACCAUAUAUAAUCGCACUUAAUUUUUUUUUUUUUCUAACUUGCAGACUGACCGAGCAUUUAAACAUUAAUAUAUCAGCUGUAAGGUCUAAGCUGCUUUCUUCUAGUCUCUGCUGUGGAAAUUAGAGUCCUGUAUUUUUUAAAUUAAACUUUUGAAAUUAGGAUACUACUUUCAGUAGAGACAAUAAUGGGCAUUUUUUUUUUUUUUCCGGACAAAGUGCUUCCUGUUUGCACUAAGCCCAAAAUACUGGCAGAUAUAUUGUUGGAAAAUAUAGCAUUAUUUUUUAAUAGAGUAGCUAAUUAAAAACUGGAGACGCCUGUUAAACAUAGCCUUCCGAUCCGUUUAUGAUCACCCAACUUAUAAACUGGCAAGGGGGCAUCAAGAAUUUACUACCGAUCUGCAGUUAAGUCAUUACUUGCCCUCUGGAUAAUUAAGAGUUUCUUCAUAUCCAUGUAUCACAGAUCAUCUCCAUUUACAGACAGGGUCUCAGAUUCUUUGCAGAAAAUUAUGCAUUUAUAUGUUGGGCCAUCGUCAAAGCCAUAAUUGCUGUUUUAUAGGAGCUUCAGGGCCACAGAGAUCAGCUAGUAUAUAAUAAAUCAUCACAUUCAUGGUGAUAUUUUUGAGGCAAUGAAGGCCGUAGCAAAACACGUGACCUCCCAAUCUCAGGUGCAAAAUAUACAACCAUUUUUAUGUCCAAUAAAAAAAUACAGCAAACCAAUUUUUUUUUUCUUCUUCACCUGGACCAAUUUGGUUACUAUAUAUGCACUAAAGAGGCUCCAUAUAUGCCCAUAUAGGUGUAAUUUUCUUUUAAGAUACGUGUCUUUUAUAGACGUUUUUAAUGACCCGUGUAAGCAUGUAAACUUUGUCGCACAUUUUUUGCUUUAAAUAAAAGUUCAAUCUACCCUGGUAAUCCAUUACAGAGUACAAAAUAAGAUUUUUGUUAACUGUAAAUAAGCAUGCUGGUGGUUUAAAAUGGGUUCGAACAGUGUUAUUGCAUUUAGCAUUCUGCUUAAUCGGAACUAAUGGAAGUAUUUAGGGGUUACAAUCAAGCAACUGGCUGAAUUAUAUUGUAUAAUGGGAAUAUCUCGCGUACAGCUCAAUAAUUCAGCCUACUAGCUCAGAGUAUGGUAAUAGCGGGCUUGUGACUUCUGCUAUUAAAAUACUUAGGUAUUAGUCCAGAAUUUUUACUUUUUUUUUUUUAUCAAUGCUGCAUGUCCCUAAAGACAUACUGUAUAUUUUAUUCUAUUUUUUUUAAUUUUCAGAACAUCCCUCUGGCCUUAAAACUGUAUUUCAUGUCACCAGUAGUUCACUCACAGGCUAUUGAAGUAAGUUUUAUCCAUUAACUAAAAUAAAGUUGCCAAUUAAAUUUGAAGCACAUCUCACCUCCCUCUGUCCCCUCCCCCUCCAAGGUAACCCUUCCCAAAUCUGCUUACAUUUACACUACAAGGAGAGGAAGAUGCUAUAUAUCGAAAAAAAAAAGUGAAUGAGCUGCCAAUUUAUUGACGUGGGGAUGUACAGUUCAGUACCACGUUGAUCUGUUUUCUAAGCUAUUUCUUAAGUAAUGCACAUGAAAUGUUAUAUAUAUAUAUGUAUAUAUUUAAGAAGAAGAAAAAACAGAAUGGGGCACAAAAUUGUUUUACAAAUCGUGCUGGCUAAUUUUUAGUUUGUAUUCAUAAGUGGUUUUUAAAGGCCUUUUUUAAAGUGUACUUGCAUGUUCUACUUUGAUUGUAUGUAAACAUAUUUUAGAACAAAAAAAAUGUAUUUGUAUUUUAUUGAAUAUAGAGGCAAGAAAAAAUUGUACAUUGUUUGAAAUGUUCUUUUUUUUGUAACAGUUUUUAUUCAUGAUGCUUUUUUGUACAUUUAAAAGAAAAAAACAAAAACAAAAUGAAUAUGGAAUUGCUGUUAUAUGAUGCAUAGCUACAUCAGGCAUGCUUUCCUGUCAUGCGUCGUCAUGAUCCUAGAUGUUGGUUUUUAAACUUUUUUUUUUUUUUUUCUAAAAGAAAGCUCAGUUUUUUUCGCUACCAAAUCGGGUUAGCAUUAUAGAGCACUUAACUAAAAAACAAAAACAAAAAAAAAAAUUAAAAAAAUUCUAUUCAUAUGUUAUUCAUUGUG